UUCCAGAUUGUGAAGACGUUAAGCGGUAGCCAUGAGUAAGCUUCAGAGUGAUGCAUUAAGGGAAGCAAUCACCCAGAUUGUUACUGAUUGCAAUGAGAAGAAGCGUAACUUCACCGAGACCAUUGAGCUCCAGAUUGGUCUGAAGAAUUAUGACCCUCAAAAAGAUAAGCGUUUCAGUGGCUCCGUAAAAUUGCCUCACAUUCCUCGUCCCAAGAUGAAGGUUUGCAUGCUUGGUGAUGCUCAGCAUGUGGAAGAGGCUGAGAAAAUAAGCCUAGAGUAUAUGGAUGUUGAAAGUUUGAAGAAGCUAAACAAGAACAAGAAGCUUGUUAAGAAGCUUGCCAAGAAAUACCAUGCUUUUUUGGCAUCAGAAGCUGUAAUCAAGCAAAUUCCCCGUCUGCUGGGCCCUGGUCUUAACAAAGCAGGGAAGUUUCCAACCCUUGUGUCUCACCAGGAAUCACUUGAAUCCAAAGUUAACGAGACCAAAGCCACUGUUAAAUUCCAGUUGAAGAAAGUCCUUUGCAUGGGAGUUGCUGUCGGUAACCUCUCCAUGGAGGAAAAACAGCUAUUUCAGAAUAUUCAAAUGAGUGUCAAUUUUCUAGUGUCAUUGUUGAAGAAAAAUUGGCAAAAUGUGAGGUGUUUGUAUCUGAAGAGCACUAUGGGAAAGCCUGUGCGCAUAUUUUAAGGAGUUAGUGUUUUCCAUUGGACAGUUAAGCCAUUACUGUUCUGAUGAUUAUAUGCUUCUUCUUUGUUUGCAAUUUGCAUUUUUGUUCAAGGAAAUUAUUUGGAUUAAAGUUUUCUAGUAUUGACAAGACAUGCAAAAUUUCAUUGUUUUGGUACAUUGUUGUUUGGUGGGUUUAUGUUAGAAAUUUUGCAAUUGAUUUAUGAGGUGUUUUUAUUUGGUGU